AUGGGUAUGUUCCGCCGUUUGAAGACGAGCGGGAGGAAAAAGAAAGGGUCGGAAAACGACAAGCAUGCCGAGGAGCCAGCCGAAGAGUUGUUUUCCACGGCAGGCGCUUACGGCCUCAGAACAGUAGCGGAAGGAGCGACUGACACCGUAGAUAUCGUGUUCGUCCACGGUCUCACUGGAAACCGCGCAACCACGUGGACGUACAAGAAAUCUGUCUUCUGGCCCAAAGACCUCCUGGCGAGUGACCUCCAUAACGUGCGCAUCUUCACGUUCGGAUACGACGCAGAUGUAGUCAAGCUCCUCACCAUCGCCGGCGGAAACACCGUACGCGACCACGGGAAGUCUCUCGCUCAAGACCUCUCCUUGCGAAGAGCAGAAACGAACACAAGCAACCGUCCCGUAAUCUUCAUAGCCCAUUCCCUCGGCGGCCUCGUCGUCGAACAAGCCCUCCUAAUAUCCCGCGGCACGUCCCAACUGCACGUGAAAACGCUCCUCACCUCCACCUUCGCAAUAGCCUUCAUGGGAACCCCCCACCUGGGCUCACGAAAAGCAGACUGGGCAGCCCCACUAACCCGCCUCUCCUCCCUCCUUCGGAAGACCAACAGAGACAUCGUCGCAGUCCUAGAACCUGCUUCAGAAAUGCUAUCAACCCUCCAACAAGAAUUCCACACCCUCCUCGAAGACCGGCGACGCAACGAAGGGAAAUGGAUCGAAAUCUUUUGUUUCUACGAGGAGUUGAGUUACGUGGGCAUAGGAGAUAUUGUCCCACGACAAUCAGCCAUCUUGCCCGAGUACCCCAAUGAUAGUAUCCAUCAAAACCACUCUGAUAUGACGAAGUUCAGCGGAGCAACGGAUCCGGGGUACAUAAGGUAUCUGAGUUGGAGAGCUCGGGAGCGAGGCAACCGGCCCGGAGGGAAGAAGGAGUACAAGAAAUAG